AUGAUUAGUUUUGAAGUCCCAAUCCAAAAAAGCCGUGAAGAGAAUAAUGUCGUUUGGUUCCAAGAUCACGUUAACAAUAAACCAGCCAAUUUUGAAACCAAAAAAUCUCACAGUAACCAAUUUAAAUUUGAAGAAAUGGUCAUAAACGAAACACUUGGAUUUUUAGAAACAUUAGAAAGAGAAACCCGCCCGAUACCGAAGUUUUACGCCGCAAAAUCUGAAGAUCUCAUUAUAGAUACUAAGGCUGAAGUAACCAAAGAAAUUGAUAAUUCCGUUAACGAACUCAGUGAAAAUCAAAAUAAGGAGAGCCCUGGUUCCUCGAAUCCUAAGAUACCUAGGACUCCUAAGAGUCCCAAGAGCCCUGCAAAGAGAGUGAAGAAACAAUCAGACAACAAUUGGGAAUUGAAUACCAAUAGUGUCAAUACAACACGAAAACGAAAGGCACCAAACCAAGAAAUGAGAACGACAAAACGGAAAGGGACAAUUCCGGAGAAUGAAAAGGAUAUAUCAAAUAAGACUCCGAAUGGAGUUGACAAAAAGCCAGAAAGGAAAAAAAGACAAUAUAGACGAAGGCAAGAAACGACGACGUCCAAACGCAAAAAUUCACAUAAACUAAUUGCUUCAUCGACUUCAAGCUUGUCUUCGUUGACUUCGGCACCUUCAAGCUUUACAACUUCAUCUUCAUCAUCCCCAACUCCUGAGGAUUUAAAAUACUCAUCUUAA